AUGACGACGAAUGUUAAAGCUGUUGCAGUCAUUCAGGGUGAUAAUCCAUCAAGUGGUGUAAGUGGGAUUGUCAGGUUUACUCAAGAAAAAGAAAAUGCACCAACUAUUGUUGAGGUCGAUAUUAAAGGAUUGACACAAGGAGAUCAUGGAUUUCAUGUUCAUGAGUUCGGAGACAAUACUAAUGGAUGUACAUCAGCUGGAGCUCAUUUUAAUCCAUUUAAUAAAUCACACGGAGCUCCUCAAGAUGAAAAUCGUCAUCUUGGUGAUUUAGGAAAUAUUACAGCUUCGGCCGAUGGUACAGUUAAAACUAAAAUUACAGAUAAUCAACUUACUUUGAUCGAUAAGGAUGAUCUUGGUAAGGAAAAUAAUGAACUUUCACGUACCACAGGAAAUUCUGGUGGUCGAGUUGGUUGCGGAGUGAUUGCUUUUGUAAAAUAUCCUAUAGCUCAUGUGAUAGAAUUUUAUCCGGGUACACGUUAA